CUCGGCGGGAAAGUUCUCCCGCCAUCCCAGGAGCCCCCGCGCGCCGCGCGUCAGGAAGCGGAAGCGGCUCCACGUGGGAGAAGCGGAGGGAGAUCCCGCCCGGCACCCGCGGCAGUAAUUCACCUGGCUAUUGGGAAAACAUCUGAUACACCACCUGCAAAGUACGAAGUACUCUUUCCCACAGCAGUAUUGACAUAAAAAUAUCCCCUACAAAAAGACAAAAGCCAGAAGAAAAAAAGAAAAGACCACCUUUGUAUCAGCCUUGCUCUUAAAUGAGUGUUUCUGGCUGUAAUAAAUUAAGCUGACAUUUUUAAACUGUUCUUCCUGAAAAUGGAUUUUCGAUUUAAUUUUGAUAUUGAUGAAAAUGAGAACAGUGAAGCAGACACUCACUUCUUACUGCUGGGCUGUCCAAAACACAAGCAGGAACCUGUGGAACAGAGCAGGAAAACUGCCGAUGCUGGAGCAGACUCCAUCCCAAGGCCAGGUGCUGCAAAGCACCAGGAUGAGGCACCAAAGACAAAGCACUGCGUGAAAGCUGCCAAGGAGCACAUUAUACCUGGAGAUCUCAACAAAAUAUUGGAAAACAAAGUAAUGGAAACAGUAUUGGACCUGUAUCAUGUAAAGGUGUCUGUGCUGGAAACGACAUGUUCGGGUGAUGCAGACAGCGAAGGCAUCGUGUCCAAAAGUGUCUCUUCUCACUCUGAUCUCAUCCCAGGAGUCUAUGAAGGAGGACUGAAAAUCUGGGAAUGCACCUUUGAUCUCAUGGACUACUUUUCUGAGGCUGAAAUACAUUUUACCGACAGGACUGUAUUGGAUCUUGGCUGCGGGGCUGGAUUGCUGGGAAUAGUUGCCUUGAAAGGUAAAGCUGAAAGAGUCCAUUUUCAGGACUACAACAGCACAGUGAUUGAGGAAAUAACCUUGCCUAAUGUGGUGGCCAACUGUGUAAAUGAAGGCACUAGUGGAAAGGACAGAAAAGCCAGCAAACCUCCUGCCAAGAGGCCCAGGAAAGCAGAGGGCUCACCUGAUGUGCUCACCAAAUGCAGAUUUUUUUCUGGAGAGUGGUCUGAAGUCACCCAGCUCCUGUUAAGCAGCAACAAACCCUUUUCAAAGUAUGAUAUAAUUCUCACAUCUGAGACCAUCUAUAAUCCUGAUUAUUACAGUGCUUUGCAUGAUACGCUGGCUCAGCUCUUGGAUAAAAAGGGCCGUGUGUAUUUGGCAAGCAAAGUGCAUUAUUUUGGGGUUGGUGGUGGUAUCUACCUCUUUCAGAAAUUCAUUGAAGAGAGAAAUGUGUUUAGAACCAGUAUAAUUAAAACCAUUGAUCAGGGACUGCAGCGAUGCAUUAUGGAAAUGGCCUUUAAAGAUUCCAGUUAAAAUUCAACCACUAGUCCUUAAAAAAUAACUUAAAAAUGUUUUAAUCCCCUAUCUCUUCGCUUUUUCUCUGUUAUUCCGGUUGACAAAUUAAGGAUGGUGGUUAUUGAAAUGUUUAAAAAAUUCUGUCUGACUAGAAGUAAAGGACUUUUCUGACACUGAUUUUGCAUGGAAAAAUGGAGUUCUGCUUAAAGCAGCAUCUGUUUAUGCUAAUUAAUUGCCAUUGAUAUGUAUUUAAAAAUUAAGGAAGUUGCUGUCCCUAGUCCUCCCCUUUCACUUUGUCAGCACCAGAAUUGUACAUCAUACAAUGUGAUGAAAAUAUGUCACGUGGGAUGACCCAGGAAUGACGUGACAUACUGUAGCUGAAUGAGAUAAUUUAGCAUCCUGAAUUAGUGCAAGAGGCUUUUCUUGAGGUCUGGGCCUCCCUCAGAUACGGUCUAACUGCAGCCAGGUUUGGGCACAGACCACACACCAGUGAGCUCUGCUGCUUUGCCACCAGAGGGGGAUGUGAUUGUAUUUAUCACUUGGGUCCUACCCUGCCAGCGAUCUCACAAAUCUGGGUAAUGUUUCCCUGUGUAACACACACGACUUGCUCAAAUCUUUGAAAAAGUGUACCAGAGAAUAUUUACUGCUGGGGGCUCUGAAUAUUCACAUUCAGAUUCUGACAUAUCGCUCUCUAUUCAGCAAGUAAUUAGGAAAAGUGAUGCUGGUUUAGAAAUGAAUAAAACAAUUCUGUUUCAGAAGCUGACUUGAAAGUCUUGACACAAGAGGAGCUCCUUACAACAACCAACCAAUAAGCCUAUGAGUGCAACAGUGGAGGAUGGCAGAACUGAGCUUUAGGUGACAGCUGGGAGAGGAGACAAACCACAGUUUAACUACAUUGCUGCACUUUUUUUUAAAAAAGUUUUUUCCAGAAAUUAACUGCCCCAUUUUCAAAAACUUGCUGGGGUUCUACUGACCACCCACACCUCUUUCAUGUCUUCAGCAGUUUGGCAGGACAGAAAGCAUUCAGAAAAGCCUGUGUGCAAGGCACUGCUGUUUCCUAGGCUGAAGAUAGUGAUGGUGCUGAAGAAAUUGCCUGACCAAAAAUGCAAACAAACCCAAAGAAAUAAAAAACCCUGGUCCUGAGUGCUCAGUGUCACCAGCAACUAAAAAAAAAAGUCAAUUGCAUGUUUUGUCUUAAUGAAAAACAGACAAAAAGCCAUUACACAGCUGUAACAUGUAGAUCAAAGGCUACUGCUUCUCAUCAUGCACUGUUUUAUUGGGAGCCCUUGCAGAAAUAUAAAAAAAGAGACAGAAAAA